CUUCACCUCUUUCCAGAACACCCCUUUCAUGACCCUACCUCAUCUGCAAAAAAGCCUGAAGAAUGUUUGAACUUCAGGAGGCGGCCUUGGUUGGUGGCCAAGCUCCAGGACACAGUGCAAGCUUUCCAGGGUCCAAGUCCGUGCCGGACUCUUUUCUUGAGCCAAGAAGAAAGAAAGGAUGCUGGUGAUGGAAGAGCACAGAGCCGAGAUGCUCCAGGCUGUGUGCAGGACCCCUGCCCAGCCCAUCUCCUGCAGCUACAUGAUGGGCAGUGGAAGGGCUCUGACUGGGCAGGGAGGCCCUGUCACCUCCCCUCCCUGGACUCUCUCCUCUGCUACACAGCACCAGCGCAGAGAGCCGACAUGGGUGGGGAGGCCGCGGGCACCUCCAUUAACCACUCCCAGAUGCUACUCCACCGCCUGCAGGAGCUGCUGCGGCAGGGCAACGCCAGCGACGUGGUCCUGCGAGUGCAGGCUACAGGCACCGACGAGGUCCGAGUCUUCCACAGCCACCGCCUGCUGCUGGGACUGCACAGCAAGCUGUUCCGGGAGCUGCUGAGCAACCAGAGUGAGGUGGUGCUGCAGGAGCCCCGGGACUGUGCUGCCGUCUUCGACAAGUUUGUCAGGUACCUGUACUGCGGCGAGCUGACUGUGCUGUUGGCCCAGGCUAUCCCGUUGCACCGGCUGGCCAUCAAGUACGGCGUGGCCCCCCUGCAGCGCGGUGUCGCCGACUACAUGCGUGCGCACCUGGCUGGUGGUGCAGGGCCGGCCGUGGGCUGGUACCAUUACGCUGUGAGCACCGGGGACGAGGCCCUGCGCGAGAGCUGCCUGCAGUUCCUGGCUUGGAACUUGUCCGCCGUGGCGAGUAGCGCCGAGUGGAGCGCCGUGAGCCCGGAGCUGCUGGCGCAGCUGCUGCAGCGCUCAGACCUGGUGCUGCAGGAUGAGCUGGAGCUCUUUCACGCGCUGGAGGCGUGGCUGGGCCGCGCUGGGCCGUCGACCGCGGUGGCUGAGCGAGCGCUGCGCGCUAUCCGUUACCCAAUGAUCCCACCUGCACAGCUGUUCCAGCUGCAGGCGCGCUCUGCCACCCUGGCGCGCCACGGCCCGGCAGUGGCCGACCUCUUGCUGCAGGCCUACCAGUUCCACGCCGCCUCACCACUGCACUACGCCAAGUUCUUCGAUGUCAACGGCAGCGCUUUCUUGCCCCGCAACUACCUCGCGCCCUCCUGGGGCACUCCUUGGGUCAUCAACAACCCAGCCCGCGAUGACCGCAGCACCAGCUUUCAGACGCAGUUGGGCCCGAGUGGUCACGACGCGGGCCGCAGGGUCACGUGGAACGUGCUCUUCUCACCACGCUGGCUGCCCAUCAGCCUGCGGCCAGUCUACGCCGACGCCGCUGGCACCGCGCUGCCCGCCGCACGCCCGGAGGAUGGGCGGCCGCGGCUAGUGGUUACACCGGCCAGCAGCGGCGGUGACGCGGCAGGCGUGAGCUUCCAGAAGACGGUGCUGGUGGGAGCUCGCCAGCAAGGCCGGCUUUUAGUCCGCCACGCCUACAGUUUCCACCAGAGCAGCGAGGAGGUUGGCGACUUCCUGGCACACGCGGACCUGCAGCGGCGCAACUCGGAGUACCUGGUGGAGAACGCGCUGCACCUGCACCUCAUCGUCAAGCCCGUCUACCACACCCUCAUCCGGACCCCCAAGUAGAUCAGGAAAUAAAAGGCCUGGCCCAUGUGGUACCAGGGACCGGGAAGGGUGAGGUGCAAGCGCAGGGGACUGUCAGGCUGAUCCCUGGGUGGCCAGGAGCUGGCUGGUUGGGGCUGGGGUGGGUUCUAGGUGAGUGGCAGUAGACCAGAUGCCUGGGUUUGGAGCUCAUUCCAUAACCAACUUGGAGGCAGCAUUCUUAACUCUGAAUAAACAGAUGCACAGAGAGGUGAA